AUGUCCAUAGAGAACAAGCCAUUCAGUUUUACAUAUAUUAUCCGUAACUUUCAUAGAAUAAUUUCCAAGGGAAAGGAUGGAGCAGCAUGGAGUCCUUGCGGGAGAGAAGUUAUAAUUACAGACUCUGCCAAGUUCCAACGGUUCCUCGAGAAAUUGUCAAGAAAAAAAAAAGGCUCGAAGCUAGACUACCUGAAAAGAAAUGGCUUUAUUCGGGGAAAGACAAUGAACCAGAAAUCGGUUUUCUCCCAUCCAUGGUUUGUAAGAGGGCAGAAAGAUCUCCUGAAGAACUUCACGCUCAAAAACUCCUUCUGUUGGUCACAGGGGAUACAGAUGGGAAGCCAUGGAGAACCUGAUGACCCACUGGACUCAUUGAAGCUAGGGUUGUUUGAUUUGGGAAGAACAUUGUUCAAUCUCCGGAACAGUUGUUUAGAUUUGAAUUCGCAUAUUCAGCUUCUUUUUAAUAUGGCUAAGUCUAAAUCAUGUGAGUAA